GUUCAGGAGCGCUCGUCGUCAUCGUAAAAUGGGUCGACAACAAACCCCGCAGUUGCUCAGCUGACGGCGUGGCAGACGGCGGCGCUGCCCACUGACAUGGAUUACUUAAUUCCGAUUAUGCUGCUGUCUCUGUGCGCAUGGGCCGGCGCGUACGAGCCUCUGGACAUCGUAAUGCAACGACGGCGGAACGCGUAUCCAAUAUACGCUAGCAACUUUGUGGACGAGUAUGAGCCUUACGCGGUAGCCGCCUUCCCGAUGCACGCGCCCAUGCACAUCUUCCAAGUCAUUUCACCCGCGCCCUAUGCAAGCAAGUUGAGGAAACAAAUAAAACGCCCUCAACCCAAUAGAGAUUUGCACGCAUAUGCCUCGUCCAACGUAGAGCAAGCCUACGAGCCCUAUACCUACGAACACAUAUACGAAGAUUCGGUUUCUCAGCCAAAAUACAAAGGCAAAGGGAAGCCAUAUGAGGAGGAGGCCUCAUCAGUAGUUGUGUACGCUCGGCCGAAUAAAAGUGGAGGUUACACUUACCGCAAGCCGCCUGCGCCGACGCCGACGCCGGCGCCGCACGUGCAACGAGAACCAAUCAUAAUAAGAAUUCAUAAAUACAGAGUAAUCCAUUAGCUCGCCUGCAGACAGCGCGCGACACAAACAAAUGUGAUAGUAUUUAUGUUCUAUUUUAGAUUUUGAUAUCAUUGGCGUAGCGAGCUUUCUUUGAGAAAUGACAUACUCCUUCCGC